AGAAGAAGGCAAAGUAAAAAAAGAAAAGAAAAAAAAAAGAGAGAGAGAAAAAGGGGGAAAGGAAAAAUAUGGAGAUUAUUGAAGUGGUGAACUGCGAGUGCUGCGGCUUAAAAGAAGAGUGCACCCAAAAUUACAUCUCCCAAGUGAAGGCCAAUUUCGCCGCCCACUGGCUCUGCGGCCUCUGCUCCGAGGCCGUCCGCGACGAGAUUUUCCGGUCACCCUCCGCCGCCGGAGCCGGAGGGAUCGGUAUCGGAAUCCAAGACGCCGUUAACGCCCACAUGCUCUUCUGCCGUAAGUACUCCAAGUCUAACCCCGCCGUUAAAGUCGCCGACGGCAUCAGGCAAAUGCUCAGGAGGCGCUCCACCGACUUGUCGUCCUCCUCCUCCUCCUCCACUUCCCAGUUAGCUUGGAGUUCGAGGUGUAGAAAUUCGUUGGGUGAGGUUAACUCCCAAGUGGUCCAUGAUAUUUUGGCUAAACAUUCUCAUUGUUCUCGGUUGCUGGUAUCGAAUAUUUUACGGUUUGUUUAUCUGAGAUAG